CGCCCCCCCCAAGUGCAUACGUAACUUGUCUCUUUUUCGAAAGUGCCACCUUUUUAGGGGAUUGAGGAGCUAUCAAGGGCUGUGCAGAAGACAGAAGAAUGGCAGAUUUCAGUCGCCAGGAGAAGGAGCUAAAGCAGAAAUCUGCAGCCGCCGUGGACAAGACCACGGACCCCAUCGAAAAGCUUAGGCUAAAAUGCCUCUCGCGCGGAGCCUCCGGGAUAAAAGGAUUGGGCAGAACAUUCCGGAAUAUGGACGACGACGGGAGCAAGUCGCUGGAUUUCGACGAGUUCAAGAAGGGACUGCACGAUUGUGGCAUGUCUUUGCCAGACGCGGAAGCAAAAGCGAUGUUUAAUACGUUUGAUACGGACAGAAGCGGAACCCUCAGCUUUGAUGAAUUCUUAAAGGCACUUCGUCCACCAAUGGGCACGUCUCGUAUUGCAAUGAUUGACAAGGCAUUUGCCAAGCUUGACAAGACGGGAGAUGGCAUUAUAACUACCGAAGACUUGAAGGGGGUGUACAACGUGAGGAAACACCCGAAGGUAGCCAACGGGAAAUGGACUGAGGAACAGGCCUUUGCGGAUUUCCUCAAGACCUUUGACUCUCCCGAUGACCCUGAUGGGAAGAUCACUCGUGAGGAGUUCAUCAACUACUACUGUGGCGUCAGUGCCUCCAUCGACAACAAUGCUUACUUUGAUCUCAUGAUGAGACAAGCUUGGAAGCUUUGAAGACGUAGUAUUAGCUGAAAACCUUUUCCUAACACUUUGUAUAUAAUACCUACGAUAACACUAGCUUAUCCGUAAUUUUGACAAUCGUUGUAUAUUACCUACACAGUAGCAUGUUUAGUAUAAUUAUAUUAGGCAAUAAACUCAUUCCAUGUUCAUUGUAUGGAAGAUAUAUUUUAUGUAGCAUCCCAUAUGUGCAUGCGCUUGACUGCAGGUUAGUUUUGAUUAUCCAGUGUGUCGUAACUGACUGAGAGAUUUUGGGGAUGUAUUAUUAUAUACAUAAUGUUGCAGCAGUCAUUUAUAAACGUAGUUUGUGCAAGAUUUUAGAUCGUGGUUUUCUCAACUGAUUGAAUUCGAACUGUUGGAGUGUCGUAUGCUCAAAAGGUGUGAUCACACCAUUAGAACGACAAUUGAAAGAAUUCAUAGCGUGGGAAAUAUGAUGUCCUUAUCGAGAGUUGACUAACUAGCUGGCUACCUGUGGCACUUUGUCUUCACUGCCAUCACCGUUACUACUGCUGUCGGGGGGAGAAGAUUGGUGAGCUAGCACCGCAUCCACCAUCCCAAACUCCCUUGCCUCCUCCGCGCUCAUAAACUUGUCCCUGUCAGUCAACUUCUCAAUAGUAUCCACCGGCUGUCCAGUGUGCUGAGCCAGCAGUCUAUUGAGUAGCGACUUCAGCUUGAUGAAUUCCUCGGCAUGGAUUGCUAUGUCGCUUGCUUGGCCCUAUUGCCCCAGUAGACACAAGGGUGGUUUAUGGACAUUACAUAAUGAGAGGCCAUGAGGCUGGUGUAUCAUCAUAGGACAUUACAUAGUGGGAGGAGUCAGUCAGAUUACCCAAGGACAUUACACAGUGGGAGGAG